UAAAUAAGUGUGUAUGUGUGUACGCUUAUAUUUUAAUGGAAUUGAAAAUUGAAAUUUAUAUUUAUUCUAUUUUUUCAUUUACAAUCUAUCAAUUUAUUAUGAAAAAAAUAUGCCUUUCGCUUGCUUUGCUGUGUAAUAAUAUUAUUAAUAUAAAAAAUAGGAGUACUUUAUUCCAACUGUCUUAUGGUAUUUUUUCCAUAUUCAUAACAUAGCCGGGUAACCGAGUUUUCUACUUGCAUUCCGCAAGGAAUGUCAUUCUAUGCAAUGUGCGAAGAGAAUUACAAAUAAACAAACAUGAUAAAACAGCUGUUUUCAUUUGCAUUUCUUUCUUAAUGCAAUUAGUUAUUUUAAUAUAUGAUUAAAAGCAAUCUCGAAGUUACGACAAAUUAUAUCCAAGAAUGAGUGUUAUAAAAGUCAAUAUAUCUUGUCCUCUAUGUGGGACUGAAAUUAGGGACAAUGUAAAUCGACUGGUGACUGAUAGUUGUGGGCAUAGCAAGUGUCGCCGUUGUCUCCUUGAUGAAGAUGAAUGUUCAGAAUGCUUAAAGCCGAAACAAUGUAAUACGGAGAAUAAUACAGGACAAGACGCAGAUGGUGCAAUCGUUGCAAGUGAGGCAACAGUCGAGACGGAUCUUAAUACUGCGACCAAAAGUACUAAGAAAAAAGGUAGAAAAGUUGCUUCUAUGCCAACGCAUAUUCAACGAUUACACAGCGAUGUGGACUCCGGCGUCCGUUAUUACUGUAUACCUUGUGGUAGAAAAUUUGGAAGUCGUUCGCAACAAUACUAUCAUUUAACCUGCGGUAGCGAUGCUUCCAAGAAAUACAUGUGCAAGCAAUGCGAUAAGACGUUUUCUACAAAAUCUCAUUUGAAAUAUCAUUUGGAAACACAUGAGGAGCGCAUAUAUCAUUGCGGAGAAUGUAACAAAUCAUUCUCAAAUCGAAUAGUUCUCCAGAAGCAUGAAAAGCUUCAUCGCGCUCCUUCUAUUCAAUGCACAAAAUGUAGUAAAUCAUUUCGCAACAAGGAAUCGCUGUCGGGUCAUACUCGGCAACUCCACGGAGACAACGAGUUACCUUAUACUUGUGAAGUCUGCAAGAAAAGCUAUGCUUUAAAAUCUACUUUAAAGCUACACAUGCAAACACAUUUUGAUAAGAAGUAUGCAUGUGGAUACUGUGAUAAACGUUUCCAACGUAACUAUACACUCAAAUUACACCUUAAAAAACAUACAAAGACUGAUUGUUUUAUUUGUGGUAUUUGCUUAAGAAAAUUCAGUGACAAUGCAGUUUUGUUGCGGCAUGUAAAACUACAUCAAGAUGUCGUUAAGUUCCGAUGUCGAGAAUGUAAUGCUACCAUCAUUCGCAAGGAUAACAUGUUGCGACAUAUUCGCACUAUACAUUCAAAUAGAACUUUCGACGACUGUGCUGAAGUAAUACUGAAAGCAAUUGAAUACGAAAACCAUAUAGAAGACUCAUCACCAAUUGGGGAACCAAAGACUGUAGAGAAUAGUGCCGUUAUCAAAAGCAUAGGAAAUGUUCAGCCAAUGAAAGUUCCAAAUUAUCACGUUGCCACUACACUCACCACAAAUAUAAAAUCAUCACCUACCCAAUCUACUAUUGCAACCAACACCUCGAACAAUGAUUCUACAGUUAUCAUAUUUCCGAAAGUACCCAUCAAUGCAAAUACUGGUGGAAGUUCUACAGGUGUUCAGAAAAAAGUUAAAAAGUACGACCCAAUUAAAAUGUAUCGAAAGAUUUUGACUUCAGAUCGAGAUGAAAGUGCCUCCGAAAGUGAUAGUGAAAAAGAAGAAGUGUAUGGCAUAAAACCGCAUUAUUCUGAAAAUUCUGUUUCCUGUGUGAGCUUAGCAACUCCUGAAAAACAAAUAACGAUUAACACUUCAAAUUUCAGUGAGACGCAUUGGCGUAAAAACUUUAGAUAUACCUACCAAUAUCAAGACUUUUAAAUAUUUUUUUUUAUAAUUAAGUAUACAAUUACUAUUUGUGCACAUGUAUUUUUUAAUACAUUAACUUAAUAUAUUUUUAAUAUUCUAUAAACACGUUUGUCUUUUCGCUAAACCUUAA